CGGAACUCCAUUUUUGUAACGCACGACCCUCUCCCACCUCUGCCUGCCGUAUUCCGUCGUUGUACCGUCGGCAAGAGACACCGACCGGAGACGCAGACCAGGGAGCCGACGCUGCCAGUCGCCGCCGUCUCUCUCUCUCCGUUGCCGUUCCGUCCGUGCAUCACCGAGCAGAGACGCCGCUGCCAUCGCCGAGCAGAGACGCCGCUGCCAUCACCCAGCAGAGACGCCGCUGCCAUCACAGAGCACAGACGCCGUCGUACCUAUCGCCGGUCGUCGCCGCCUCCUUCAUCGCGUGCACCAAACCUGCGGGAACCAAAUUUGCAGCCGUGAUUCUUCCCUCAACCCUAGCCUUCAAUUUCGUCAAUUUUGAGGUAGGAAUCCAGGACUAGAUGAGCAACCCGGAGGCAGUGAUGCGGCGUGAUGUGGAUGACUUAAGUGUUUACUGAACCCUUGAAUUUCAAUAUUUAAUUAUUUGGACUUUUGGAAUGUUAUGUUGCUGUUAAGCUUCCGCAAGUGAGCUGCUGCUAGCAAUGGAUUCAUGUCUACUUGGGAGCGGAUUUGGUAUGGGCCUGACAAUAGUCAUGAAGCCUUGUACAAAUCAAUUGAACAGAGGUUUGAAAUGGUAAUUUUUUCUUCAACCUGAGCAACCUAAUUUUUUAGUAUUCUACCUACUACUUGGGUUCCCUGACUUAAUCUUGGAUAUAACUUAACUUAGGGGAAAAGUUCCUUUCAUUCCUUGAUAUGGUUAGAAAUGUUCACUAUUUGGCAUAAAUAUACAACAAUGACAACAACAAUAAUAAUCGGAAUUUUUGGGAUGGGGUUUUCUUAAAGAGGGGCAACAUAAGAAGUGUUGUUCUUUAUUUAGUUCCAAAUGGACAGGUAUGUUGAGUAUGAACGGUGCACCUAUUGAAUAACAAUAUUAUAUACAGAGUACUUUAUAAAGUUGCAUUUUGUUACUAUAUUUAAUCAUUUAGAACUGCUCACCUAAGCCUCACCUAGGUUACUAGGCAUCCUGGCGGUGCAACGGCGCCACGCCUCGCCUUGACGCCGUGAUAACUAUACUAUGUAACCAUCGAUAGAACUUGUCAGCCACUACCACUACCUAUCACAAUAAUAAUCAAGAACUACACAAUUGGUGAGCACCACCAUUUUUACCUACCACUACUGUUAAUGUUGUCAUUGAUAUUAUAAAAUUUGUGUUGGAAUGUAUGCUUUCCAAAUUAGAAAAAAGCAAAGGAUGAAAAGCUUGAAAUAGGAAAUGAAAAAAAAGUGGGUAAAAAACAGAAGUAAACAGACCCGUUAGAGCAUCAUCAGCAGCGAGGAAGAGGAGUGUCUCGCCCUGCCAACUCAGCCCCGCUCCUCCAAAAUUGUGGUGUGGCAAGGGUUUCCAUCAUGCCUUGGGAGCCAUGUGCGAGGCAAAUUUCCAACCCCUUUUUUUGUUUUUUGUACAUGAAUUGGAUCCUGCGACAUAUCAAUCCAAUACCUGCCAACACACUCUCUUCCUCAUUCGACCAAACGAAACUUAUUCUUUUUGUUGGCGCCAACUUCGUGUGUUUGGAAGUGGAGCCUUUUUCUUCUUCACAGACUCCGUUUCGAGCUUAGUAUCUUGGUCAUGCGGAGAUUGCGUCUCCGACAUGUAAUGAGAUUGAGUUUCCGGGAUGAAGUUCAGAAAUGCUAAAUAAACCUUGAGAGCCACACGAGAAGAAGUUUGGAGAUGGAGUCCAAGACUCGGAACCGUUAUAAGUUGGCCGAUAACAAUUAUUGAACAUAUUCUUGGUGUUCAGAACCAGGAAUGUUUGGAUUCAGUGUGAGUAGAAAUAUAAAAUUUAUAAAAAUAUACUCUCUCCGUUCACAAACAAACUUCUUGUUCACUAUUUACAGGUUCAAACUUUAUUCACUUUGUUGGCCUAUUUUCGUCACCUAUUUGAUAAAAUAAUAUAGACAUGUCACCUCUAGUUUUGUAGAUCUUUUGAUAUAAUUUUUUAAUAUGUAAUUUUUACUUUUAAAUUUUACACCAUAUUUCAUAUAAAAUGAUUUGAAAAUAACUUCAGUCAAACAUGGUAACGCGCAAUGGAAAGUUUAUUUGUGGACAGAAAGAAUAUAAAAAUAUUGAAAUUAUGACGAGAUGGUUAUGUUUGAAAUUGGUUGAAAUUUGUGGACGGAAAGAAUAUAAAAAUAUCGAAUGAUGUAUAAAAUAUCAUCUCUUUUUAAAUUUAUUUUAUUUAUAAAUUAGUAAAGAAAUGAAAACUAAAAAAUUAUAUCGUUCAAAAAAAGAGCAAAGGUUUUGCAAACAAGAUGCGACAAUAAUAUUUUAUUUGAUCAAAUAGUCAACGAGAAUGAGUAAACAAACAAAAAUUAUUGAGGAGCAGAAAAAGUAACGAUUGCUUACAUUUUGGGGGUGCAAUUGAAGCUAGUGGGGAAGGGGUGUUCGGUUUGAUGCAUCGUUGGAGUUCCAUUGUCAUAACAACCCUUCCGUUAAUAUUAAUAAAAAGACACGUAAAUAGUUUUUAAAAGUUCUUAGUAGUUUUUUCUAAUUUCUUUAGUUUCUUAUACCCCUCUAGUCUUAAUUUUUUUUUGUUUUGACUUUUAUUGGUUAAAUAUCAAUACUUUUUUUUACUAGGAAUUAGAUAUAAUAUAAAUAUGCAAAUGAUAUAAAAAUUUGAUCUAUCAAAAUAAAAUUAUAAAAUAAAUUCAAUUAUAUCAAAUUUAUAUUAUAAUUAAAUAUGUUUUUUCACAAUUUAGAGUUGAAGAGCAUUAAUAUUUGACUAAAAAAAUUGAAAGGAAAUGUUAUUAGAACAUGAGUGAAUAAUUUUUUAUAGUUUCUUUUAAUUUUUUUAUUUUCAAGUUUUUCAUAUUUAAUUCAAAUUUUAAUUAAAGAAUAAACUUAUAAAUCCUUAUAAAUAUAAAAGGGGCCCACGGCACGACAUUGCAGGUUAAUUCUUAUAAAUAUAUACUCCAUAUUUCACAUCAGUCAUCUCCUACUUCACUCCCACCUCUAACUUUUUCAACCUUAUUCUCUUCCUCCGCCAUGAGAAACUUCUCCGCUUUCGGAGCGGUUUUUAGGGAGCGCCUUAAUAAGAUCCAGGUAGAGGUUAAAAAUGAAGAGAGGAGGAAAGAAAUGGUCGGGAAAACAUGGGACAGGCUAUCUAAAGCCGCCCUGAUUACCGAUUACCGGUGCUGCCGAUCUGUUCGGCAACGUUGCCGGUACCAUUUUCUCAGCGACAAAGAAUGAAGUACGUUCUACCCUCAGAAGCCUAGGGUCAAAAUAUGUGCCUCACCCAUCCACAAGCCAGAUGCUGGAGACGCUAUUGCGCAGUGUUGAGACUGUGGAUAAUCGGACCAAAAAAUGUUUUGCUGAAAUAAAAGUCAUGUCGGUUG